CACACUCAUUCAUACAGAUACUCUCUCACAGGAGAGGCAUUACUACGAGUAGAGGUAUAAAGCAGAGAAGAAGCUUUACCAGUUUGUAGAGUGAGAAAGAAAAGGCGAAGCCAUGGCCAAUUUCUCUCUUUAGUUUUCUAGAGUGAGAAAGAUAAAAAGUUAAACAAUUGAUUCUGUAUGUAUAUGUUGUGUCUAUUUGCAUUACCCUUGGAAACCUAGGCCACUCUGCCUUUUGCCUUCUUGCUCUCGGUCGGAGCAGAUAUUCAUAUAAACUUCAGUCUAUAUUCUUGGAUGAUUUCGUUUAUGGUGGAGGGCUGAAAUUCGAGAAUCGGUGAUUUUUUGAGUGAAUUUGGAAUGGCGGCGAUAGAAGGUGCAUUGUCCUUCUCUGCGGCGUCAGUUGUGGAGGAUGUUCUGCAACAGCACGGGAAUCGAUCCCGUGAUCUUGAUUUUGAUGCUCGCAGAGCGGAAGAAGCCGCAAUAAGAAGAUAUGAAGCUGCGACUUGGCUGAGAAAAAUGGUAGGAGUUGUGGGUGCAAAAGAUUUACCUGCAGAACCUUCUGAGGAAGAAUUUAGGCUUGGGUUAAGAAGUGGAAUAAUUCUCUGUAAUGUACUUAAUAAAAUUCAGAAUGGAGCUGUGCAAAAGGUAGUUGAAAGUCCAUGUGAUCCUGCACUUAUACCAGAUGGUGCUGCAUUGACAGCGUAUCAAUACUUUGAGAAUGUGAGGAAUUUUCUUGUUGCCGCACAAGAGAUGGGAAUGCCUACUUUUGAGGCCUCUGAUCUGGAGCAGGGUGGAAAAUCCUCAAGGGUCGUGAAUUGCGUGUUGGCCCUUAAGUCCUACAAUGAGUGGAAACAGACAGGAGGAAAUGGGGUUUGGAAAUUUGGUGGAAAUGUUAAAACCACUACAUCUGGGAAACAGUUUGUUCGCAAAAAUUCUGAGCCAUUCACGAGUUCGUUGUCAAGGACUAUGUCCUCCAAUGAGAGAUCCCUUAAUGGUGUAUGUACAGAUAAAGAUGCUAACAGAACGCCCUUGAGUAUGCUUGUUCGAGCAAUUCUGUUAGAUAAGAAGCCAGAAGAUGUUCCAAAUCUCGUUGAGUCUGUACUAAGUAAGGUUGUGGAGGAAUUCGAACAUCACAUUGCAAGCCAAGUUGAAUCGAAGAAGGCUAGUUCUAGAGACUCCAACAUUUCUCAUGGAAGCAAAACCGUGGUAAAACUAUCUUCACCCAGUGUACAGAUCCAAGAAAAGAAUGCUGCAGCUUCAACUAGAGAUCAUAUACUGCAGAAGGACAAAAUUUAUGACAAAGAAUCUGAAUUCAAGCAUCAAAUGAUCGUAGACCAACAACAAAAAGAUAUUAAGCUGUUGAAGCAGACUCUUUCUACUGCAAAAGCUGGCAUUCAGUUCAUGCAAGUGAAAUUCCAUGAAGAAAUUCACAAUCUUGGCCUCCAUAUUCAUGGACUAGCACAUGCUGCUUCUGGUUAUCAUAGAGUUCUUGAGGAAAACAGGAAGCUUUAUAAUCAAGUGCAGGACCUAAAGGGAAAUAUUAGGGUUUAUUGUCGUGUCAGACCUUUCCUGCCAGGACAAAGUAGUUACCUUAGUACUGUGGAUCAUAUUGAGGAAGGAACAAUAACAAUAAAUACUUCAACGAAGAAUGGGAAGGGCAGGAAAUCCUUCAACUUCAACAAAGUAUUUGGGCCUUCGGCAACUCAAGAGGAGGUAUUUUCGGACACUAGACCACUAGUAAGAUCAGUCCUCGAUGGUUACAACGUUUGCAUUUUUGCUUAUGGCCAAACAGGAUCGGGAAAGACUUACACUAUGACUGGACCCAAAGAUCUCACAGAGAAUAGCCAGGGGGUGAAUUACAGGGCUUUGGGUGAUUUGUUCCUCAUUGCCGAGCAAAGAAAGGAUACUUUCUUCUAUGACGUGUCUGUUCAGAUGAUUGAGAUUUACAAUGAGCAAGUUAGGGAUCUUCUCGCUUCUGAUGGCUUAAGCAAAAGAUUAGAAAUUCGAAACAGUUCCCAUACAGGACUCAGUGUACCAGAUGCAAGUUUGGUGCAUGUCUCUUCAACAUCUGAUGUUAUCGAUCUGAUGAACCUUGGGCAAAGGAAUCGUGCAGUUGGUGCGACAGCUCUCAAUGACCGCAGUAGUCGCUCCCACAGUUGUUUAACAGUGCACGUCCAAGGAAGAGAUUUGACUUCUGGAAAUAUUCUUCGAGGUUGCAUGCAUCUAGUUGAUUUGGCUGGAAGUGAGAGAGUUGACAAAUCUGAAGUGACAGGUGACAGACUAAAAGAGGCUCAACAUAUUAAUAAAUCUCUUUCUGCCUUGGGCGAUGUCAUAUCCUCACUUGCCCAAAAGAACUCACAUGUCCCUUAUCGAAAUAGCAAACUCACGCAACUGCUGCAAGACUCACUUGGAGGGCAAGCAAAAACAUUAAUGUUUGUUCACAUAAGCCCCGAGCCAGAUGCCGUUGGAGAGACAAUUAGUACACUUAAAUUUGCCGAGCGUGUCGCUACCGUUGAACUUGGCGCUGCACGAGUGAACAAGGAUACGGCAGAUGUUAAAGAACUCAGAGAACAGGUUGCCAGUCUUAAGGCUGCCUUGGCGAGGAAAGAUGGAGAACCUGUGUCGAUACAGCAGAAGGUAUCAGGAAGUCCCUGUAACAUGCAGACAUCACCUUUUCAAGCUAUUUCAAAUGCUAGAAAUGUAGGUUUGCUGUCACCAAAUGGCCUGAGGAAGCCAAUGGAAGAUGUAGGCAACAUAGAGGUUCAUACCAAUCCUUCACUGAGGCAAAAGAAGCAAAGCUUGGAUCUAGAUGAGCUACUUGGAAAUUCCCCUACCUGGCCGCCUGUCAGCAGCCCUUGCCCAAACAGUCGGGUUGAUGAUAGAGAAGUGGGCUCUGGCGAGUGGGUAGACAAACUCAUGGUGAACAAGCAAGAUCCUGUCCAAGUGGAAAAUAACUUGGGCUUCGGCAACAUCUCUGAUGUCUUUAAUCAGAAAUAUUUAUCAGAUUCUUCAAAAUAUUACCCUACCGAUGAUCAGGAUCAACUUGAUGCUGAAACCAGCGAUUCAUCUGAGCCAGAUUUGCUUUGGCAGUUUAACCAUUCCAAACUUGGGAGCUUCAACAAUGGGAUUGGUCCAAAGGUCGAGAAACCUCACGUAAAACAAACCAGAAGUCCAGAAUUCAGGAGCAUGAUCCCCAAAUUAGGCCCUUCACCAUCACGAAAAGCAGUGAGUGGAGCUGGCCAAGGACACAAUUCUUCACUGAGGAUCGGGAGGCAGACUUCUGAAAUAAAACGUAAAACAGGGAUCAGAAAGUAGAAUCUUUUUCCUCUUUACUCAAGGCGAGAGAACGAAUAUAAGUGUAGAGUUUCCUUUUUUUUUUUUUUGUUUUUUUCGAGUCAUUUUUUCAUAUAUAGGCCAAAAAAGCAAUUACUCCAGUUGCUCUUGUUAUGUAUUAUGUGGCCAAUAACAUUCUUUUACCAUGAGUUGUUGUGAAAAUAGGCCACAUGUAUUAUUGUUUGCUGGAUUUUUUAGAAAGUAUUCCAGCCUUUGUUGCUGAUUACAAGCGUGAAGAAUGUGAUUGAUUCCUUGACAAUGUCUUCUUGUCAAGUAUAAAUUCAGAAAGAGUUCCAAUUA